AUGGCAGACACUGUAGAAGCAGCACCAGAAGAAGGUGUCAAGAAGCUGGCGUACAGUUUCCCCAUCGUCAGGCACACGGACAUGACCGAGGAAAUGAAGGAGGAGGCCAUAGCGAUGUGCAUUUCAGCCUUCGAAAAGUGUGCAAACAAUAAUGAGACGGCAGCAAAGAUUGUCAAGGACAACAUGGACAAGAUGUUUGGCACAGCGUGGCACGUUGUUAUCGGAGAAAGUUUCGGCUUCGGCGUCACUCAUGAGGCGAAGCAUCUGCUUUACAUGUUCUACGGAGGGAGCUUGGCGAUUUGUAUUUGGAAGUGCUGCUAG